CCUGUUUCGACGUUCGCCUUAGCCUAGCAGAGCGAACUUCAUUAACGCCUUGACCACGCCGUAGAUCCUUCUUGUGCGGCCAACCUCUCCUCGCAGACUCACAAAGUUUCCGUAUCAACGAAACAUCAACAAAUUAUUAUUUUGGACAUACUUCGCCACUGAUGAACGCGUCCCACCGUCUCCGUUUCUUCUUGAGAGCUCAAUACGGUCUGUGGUCACACUUCGGACCAACUUAUCAUGCCCUUGCCAGAAUGCCUCUCUCCACCCGCAAAAUAUUCAGGCAAUUCUCCAUUUCGGAUUGUUAUACAGGAGAUCCGGCAACUGGUCUUUUCAGGAUAAGUGAUGGCUUUGGUAAGAGGAUUUGUGAUAUCAAUGCGUGGACAUUUGAGCCGAAGAUGUUUGAGGAUUUUCCCGACUUGUAUAGGGUUGCGCCGGCGGCUAAUAAUAUUCCGGUAUGUGUGGGGGAGAGGAGGGGAAGAAGAGGAGGUGGAUUGUUAGGGUUGAGGAAAGAGGCGAUGAAGUGGGGGAGAGGGAGGGAACGGUGUGGAGUUGGGUGUUUAUUCGAGGGGCUUGAAAUGGCAUAAGAAUGCUGACAAGGGGAAGGAGGUUUUUUCCCAUACUUUUUGGUAGGCGGGGUUGAGAUAGGGAUAAAUACUGCGAUACCCAUUUGAAAUGCUUUGACAUUUUUGUUUGGAACACACCAACCCAUUUAUAUCGCUUCUUCGGCAUUUUAUAC